GAGAAGGGCCUGUUGGGCUCAUUUCUUCUGUAUGGGUGGCCUAUUAGGCUAGAACGCCCAUCUUCUCGACCGGCAAAAACAACACCGCCGACGGGACCUCGCCGCCCAUCUUCUUCUGAUCUCUUUCUUCCUCCGCAUCCACUGCCGCGACGGGACCUCGCCGCCCCACUGCCGCGACGGGACCUCGCCGCGGCGCGACCUCGCCGCCCCACUGACGCAACCUCGUCGGCUGUGCCGUGGGAGCUCCGGCCCCCUCGCAUCACCUGCUGGCGGGCCCGUGAGCUAGGGUUUGAAACCCUAGCUCCGUUCGCCGCGGAUCUCGGCGGCCUCCUCCGCCGAGCUCCUCGCAGCCCCGCGACGCGAUAUCGUCGGCCGUGCCGCCUGAGGCUAUUUGAGGAGAUGCCGUCAUCGUCAUCGUCAUCCUUACUCUCUGGCUCCAAUACUGCGAGUGCUGAGCUUCCUCUAAUCCCUUGCAAGCUCUGCAAUGGGGUGGUGAUUGAGCGGGUCUCCAAACAACCAGAAACCACGUCGAGGAAGUUCUACCGGUGCAGAGCCAAGAAAACGGAUGGGUCUCAAUGUGAUUUUUUCCACUGGCAAGCGAGCUAUGCUGUUUUGUUAAUCGAGGAUGGGUUUGUCAGUGGUGACCGACGCCUUGAGUUGUUAAUGAUCGCACUUAAUGAUCAUGGCAAAGCCGUUGAAUCUCUAACCAAUUCCAUCAGAGAGAUGAAGAAAAAGCUGUCCAACCUGGAGUUAGUGAUGGAAGAGCUGGAUAACGUGAAAAAGUCGAUGAAGGCAGCCAUGGUUGAAAUUGAGGAAAACAAGAAAUCGACAGCUGCUGCAUUGAAACUGAUGGAGAAUGAGCUGCAAAAGCUGAAAGGGUCAACUAAAGUGAAACCUAGGAAUAUGGCACUGUGUUUUCUGCUUUUGGCGUUGAUUGGGUGGUUUGUGAUGGGACAGAUGAAUUGGGGGGAGGAAGCAUCCAGCCGAUUUAUGCUGAGAGGCUAAUGAACUUAGGAUGGACUUUUGUAUAGCUAGAUGUAAUCAGAACUGGUUUAUAUUUUCUCUGCUAACAUGGCGUAGUAGCCAGGACACUUUGCUGUCGAUUAUUAUUUGAACUCCAUGUUGUACCUUUUGUGAACACAUUCAUUUCCUCCACCCUCGGGUACAAAUUUCUCUCUAAUUGCACUGUUAAUAAGUAACAUGAUGUAUGGGGCAUGAUUGAAAA